UUUCCUGAAGGAAGAGGAAGGUUUGCUGCGAGCUCGGCGACGCUGCCCUCGCACGGACCUGCGCCCUGCCCUUCGCCAUGCCGGCUUACCAUUCAACCUUAAUGGACUCAGAUACCAAGCUAGUGGGUAACAUGGCACUGUUACCCAUCAGAAGCCAGUUCAAAGGCCCAGCACCUCGAGAAACUAAAGAUACAGAUAUUAUAGAUGAAGCCAUCUACUACUUCAAAGCUAAUGUUUUCUUCAAAAAUUAUGAAAUUAAGAAUGAGGCUGACAGAACGCUGAUCUACAUAACUCUCUACAUUUCUGAGUGCUUGAAAAAGCUGCAGAAGUGCAACUCCAAAGGCCAAGGAGAAAAAGAGAUGUACACACUGGGAAUCACUAAUUUCCCAAUCCCUGGGGAGCCUGGUUUUCCACUUAACGCCAUUUAUGCCAAACCUACCAACAAGCAAGAGGAAGAGGUGAUGAGAGCAUACUUGCAGCAGCUCAGGCAAGAAACUGGUCUUCGACUCUGUGAAAAAGUAUUUGAUCCUCAGAGUGACAAGCCUAGUAAGUGGUGGAUCUGCUUUGUGAAGAGACAGUUCAUGAACAAGAGCCUGUCUGGACCUGGGCAGUGAACAGGCAGAGCAGCAACAUGAAGUAUUUCAACAGCAAGGUGUAUGAAAUAUUUUGCCUUUGUUUUGGAUACAUUUUGUACCAAGGAAAAAAAAAAAAAGUGUUUAUGAAGAAAAAAGUCAACGAGGGAAGAGGGAUGUAAAGUAAAAAGAUCAUUUGAGUACUGUAAGCGAGUAUUAUUAAGCUGGUGCUUAAUAAAUGAUUCCUAACAUGC